UUAUGAUAUUAAGCAAUACUUACGCUUAUAUUGGAAAAUCAGGAAGCAUGGACUAAAUGCGCUUACCCAAAAUGAAAUGCAAUUAAUGUGUAUAAUUUCAAAUGAUCUUACAAAGAUUAUUCCAAUUAUGAGAGAAUUACUUAAGAUACAUGGAAUGAGUAUAUUUCGAUUAAAAAAUAGAUAUCGACUUUUUCAAAGAGGGUUAUUAAUUCACCAUUGGGACAUUGCAAUUAAAAGAGAAGGAGGUGUUACAAAAUUAUCUGAAAAUACAAUUCAAUGGGCUUUGUUAUUCAGAGGUAUCAAUCCAGUAAACAUGUCAAUAAAUAAUAUGCAAAUGUGGUUAAACGAAUGGAUAAAAAUAUCUUCACAGAUUAGUAAAGAAAAUAUCUCUUUACUUCUGCACUGUCCUAUUUUACUAUUUUAUAAUUAUCAAAAAAACUAGGUACAUAUGUACAAUAAU